AUGAAAAUAUACAAAAAUCAUUAUACAACAGUAAAACAAGAUUGUAAAAUAAUUCGAGAAUAUGGAAAUGCAACAAUAGAUGAAUUAGAUCAAAUUGAUUCAUCAUCGAAUGAUAAUAAUGAUCAACCAACUAUCGGCAAGAAGAGACAUUCAGAUUUAAAAAAAAGGUUUUUUGUUAAAUAAAAGUUUCGCUGUUUUUUACUUAAUAUAUUUUAUUUUUUCCGCUUCAUCAAAACUAAAUCUCUUUUCCGAUUGAAAAUAAACUUGUCGACAAUACCAUCAUUUUCCUCAACAACGAUAGAAAAAAAACAGAAAAAAGGUGUCAAUUCAAGUCGGAUGAACAUCCAACAGCUUAUAAACGACUAGACAAAACCUUUUUUCUCUAAUCUUCAUUUACAACUAACUCACAAGUUAGAAUAUCAAUUUAAUCUUGUUAUUGGUUUUUUAGAAAAAAAAAAUCUACAAAUAUUUCAAUAUCAAUCUUCACCAUAAAGUAAAUUAUUUAGAUACGUUGAAUAAUAUAUUAGUAUCAUUCGUGAAGAAAGGAACUUUUCUUUUUGUUAAAUAGCAUAUAAACGGAUGCGAAGAAAGCAUUGUGAAAAUUAAGAAAGUUAUUGUUCUCCUUUUCUUCUGAUCUAAAGCCACACCCACGCCCUAGAAAUUCUUCGCUUCGCAUCACAAUGGCGAUUACGUUUUUGGAUACGAGUAUUAUCCAUGAUUUUAUAAGUCUGAUUAUGAGAGUGAUAGAUUUUAUCAGCACAGGCACUAAACACGUACAUGUCAGCCAGUUAUCUAAGUCAUGGUAUGAUAGGAAAUUUGGAUGUUUUGAAAAACAAGACAAUUGAAAAUAAGAUACACGCAAAAGGAGUCGUAUAUAUUGUUUAUUUCUAGAAAUAAAAGUCUCUGUGGUGACUAGUCUAAGGAAAAACAUUGUUUCUUUUUAUAUCUCACAGUCAUAAUACUUAUAGACUUUGAACAACAGUUCUGAUCAGUCUAAUUCAAUACCGAUAUGGCAGCAGGCUAUAGAUUGAAAAGAAAGGUAAAAACUGCGAUGCUCGAAACAGGCUUCAAAAUGGACAACUUUUUCAUGGUAUAGACUUGCCAGAUUCGAUAAAAAUUUCGUUUACAAAGAUCUCUUCUAGUUGUACUUGAAGAUGAUUUCGCCAUCUUUGAAGAACUUGAUACAUGUAAAUGAAUAUAACAUGAUAUAUCUUUCUGAAGACUUCUCACAAAUUGGAUCUCAAAAGGACAAUCAAUACAUAAACGAUUUUUUCGACACUAGUUAGAAACUUAUCGAUCAUUUACAACUCUAUUUUGUGCUAUGAAAAAUUAAGCC